CACCACCACCACCACCACCACCACCACCACCACGAAUCCCGCCUGUGCUGCGCGAGCCUGAUAAGGUUUCGUUUCUGCUGCUGUCCGGUGUUUUCUUCACGUGUCUUCAGUCUUUUCCUUCAUACAGACUUCGAAAUAACACAUCAACGUGUCAGCUAACUUCAGGCCAGGAUUUGGACGAUGGAGAAAGAGAAAGAGCUCCCCCCUCCUUACCCGGGCGGACCCUUGACCUACGGAGCCCCUCAUCCAGGAACACACUCCCACACAGGCGUCCUCCCGAACGCACCACCUGUCCCUGGAUUCCAUGGAGGGCCUCAACCUCCAAUGUACCCAAAUCCACAAUUUCCCCCUGAUGCACGCCUUACAGUCGGACCCGGAGGAAGUAUUUUCUACGCUCCCGGUCAGGCUGGACCCGCCCCAGCCGGGCCUCAUGUUCAGAUGUACCCAAAUCCAGAGAUCUCCCCUCAAGCACCCCUGACUGUUGCGCAUCCAGGAGGUGUUCCCUAUGUUCCUGUUCAGACUGGAGCUGGUCAGACUGGACCUGUCACAGUCGUGACGCACGUGGUGACAUCAAGCCGUCUGGGAGAGCUGCCGGGAUAUACCGAAUGUCCACACUGCCACAAGAUGGUGCUCACCACCACGGAGUACACGCCCGGUUGCUUGACUUGGCUUAUUUGCACUGGCCUCAUUUUGUGCGGGUUGUACCUUUUCUGCUGCCUCAUCCCAUUUUGUAUCAGAGCCUGCAAAGAUGUGAAGCAUCACUGCCCUGAAUGCAAGAAGGUGGUGUACAAAUACACCAGGAUGUGAAGGCCAGUUGUGAAUGGAUGAGAAGAAGUUGGUGCUCAUCUGUCUGGGAAGGAGGGGGAAAAUUUUUUUUUUUAAUACCGCCAUAUGUUCAUCAACAGGCAAACGUUUGUAAUCUGUUCAGCAGGUACGCUCCAAGUCAUGUCAGUUGCAUAAAUCUUGUCAGCUGCUAUUGUUUUUGUUAUGGCAUAUAUGAGGGAAUAUUACUAAAUUAGAAUGUAUUGUUGAACCAUUAAAAAAAAAACAUUAUAUAACCACAAAAAAGAGUUGAUGCUGAAGUGAUUAAUGGAAAAUUAUCAUAUUCUAUCAUCACUUCUUGCACAUUUAUGUUUGGUAACACACAUUCUCUGCUCUAUAUGCCUUUUUUGAAACAUAAAAUAUAGUUUUUCACUGUUUGUAAAUCUGAGUUUCUAUUGAACAUCGUCACUUUUAAAUUAGGCUCAGCUACGGCAUCACUUUCAUGCAAAACAAUCUGGUUUAUUGAGACAUGCUGCGUUUCUCAUCAAAACAUGUCGUACAGGAACUUACUCUCUUGCACCUUCAGUCAUGCUGUCAGCAAACCUAACCAGUUCUGAUUUUUUUUUUAAUUUGAAUUACUUUUUGCUAUUUUGUGUUUUUUCACUUUUUUUGUGUUGCAUUGAUAGUGUAAGACUGACACACAUUCUUCUAUUCUCUUCAUUGUAUUUGCUUUGUUGUUUUUCUAAAUAAAAUAAGAGUUAUGGGAAUUGCA